GUGCAUAGCAAACGUUAUUAAUUGCUCAUACAUGUGUAAGCAUAUCACUAAUAACAUUAAUAAGCGAGGUUUAUAAGCACAUAAACCUUUCAAUAACAUGUUAUAGCAGCGAAGUCUGGCUUCAUACGAAACGCGAUGGAAGGAUGUUGUCCUUGUGCUGUCGCCGUACCUCCUCCGCUUUCAGCUGUACAAUAUGGCCGCAAUCAUGAACCGUGCGAGUUUGUCUUCUCUGGCGAGACGUCUCCUGAGAAAGGCGCACAGAACCGGCUUCGACACACAGCGACCGUCGGAGAAACUGAGCCAGUUCCCGGUACAGGAGUCUGCCCUGCACACUGUGGGAGGAAGCCGGGGUCCCCUCCGAAGGUCGAAGCCGGGACUGCAUCACAACGGAAGGUUCCUAUUGGUCAGUGCUGUCCCAGGCAGGUCCAAUAGCUCUCAGGUGCCUGUCUUAGCAGUCUCCGCCCCCGCCCUGGACACGCCCACCUCUGCUGCAGACCCCGCCUCCAGUCUUCUGCCUGUCACCACCCCCAUCGCUGACCACGCCCCAGUGAGCGUGCAGCCAAUCGCUGAGCAGGUGGCUGAGGCGGCCCCCACUGCACUAGAUGUGCUGCAGGGGGCGGGGCAGGAGCUCAGCCUAUCAGAGCUGGGCUUGGGGAACUACACCCCCGUGGGCCUGAUACAGAACCUGCUGGAGUUCCUGCACGUGGACGUGGGGGUGCCCUGGUGGGCCGCCAUCGUCGCCGGCACCAUCCUGGCGCGGUGCGCCAUGUUCCCCGUCAUCGUCAUGGGGCAGCGCGAGGCCGCCAAGCUCAACAACGUCCUGCCAGAGAUGACCCGGCACAGCCAGCGUCUCAACGAGGCCAAACGCAGCGGGAACAAGUUCGAGUGUCAGUCUCCCUGCCUGUCUGUUACUGUCAGUCUCCCUGCCUGUCUGUUACUGUCAGUGUCUCUGUGUGUGUGUCUGUUACUGUCAGUCUCCCUGCCUGUCUGUUACUGUCAGUGUCUCUGUGUCUGUCUGUGUGUCUGUUACUGUCAGUCUCCCUGCCUGUCUGUUACUGUCAGUGUCUCUGUGUGUGUCUGUUACUGUCAGUGUCUCUGUGGUUGCCAUCGAUAA